AUGGGGAAGCCGGCGAGGAAGGGUUGGGACUGCAGGCGCUUUGUCAAGAACAACUGGCUGCUGCUCUCCACAGUGGCUGCAGUGGUGCUAGGGAUUGCCAUUGGAGUCUUGGUUCGAGAAUACAGCAAGCUUUCUAGUCUGGAGAAAUUCUACUUUGCUUUUCCUGGAGAAAUUCUCAUGAGGAUGCUGAAACUCAUCAUUCUGCCAUUAAUUAUAUCCAGCAUGAUUACAGGUGUUGCUGCACUGGAUUCCAAUGUAUCUGGCAAAAUUGGCCUGCGUGCUGUCGUAUAUUAUUUCUGCACCACUGUCAUUGCUGUAAUUCUAGGAAUUGUGCUAGUGAUAAGCAUUAAGCCUGGUGUCACCCAAAAAGUGGAUGAAAUUGACAGAGUGGGCAGCACCCCUGAAGUCAGCACAGUGGACGCCAUGCUUGACCUGAUCAGGAAUAUGUUCCCUGAGAACCUUGUCCAAGCCUGUUUUCAACAGUACAAAACCAAGCGUGAAGAAGUGAAGCCUACAGGUGAACCAGAGACAAACAUGACGGAAGAGUCCAUCACAGCUACCAUGACAACCAUAGUUUCCAAGAACAGAACAAAGGAAUACAAAGUAGUGGGCAUGUAUUCCGAUGGCAUAAAUGUCCUGGGCUUGAUUGUCUUUUGCCUCGUCUUUGGAAUUGUCAUUGGAAAAAUGGGAGAAAAGGGACAGAUUCUGGUGGAUUUCUUCAAUGCAUUGAGUGAUGCAACCAUGAAAAUCGUGCAGAUCAUUAUGUGUUACAUGCCACUCGGAAUUCUGUUCCUGAUUGCUGGGAAGAUCAUAGAAGUCGAAGACUGGGAAAUAUUCCGCAAGCUGGGCCUGUACAUGGCCACAGUGCUGAGUGGGCUUGCAAUCCACUCCAUCGUCAUCCUCCCACUGCUGUACUUCAUAGUCGUACGAAAGAACCCUUUCAGAUUUGCCAUGGGAAUGGCCCAGGCUCUCUUGACGGCUCUCAUGAUCUCUUCUAGCUCAGCAACACUGCCUAUCACCUUCCGCUGUGCUGAGGAAAAGAACCAGGUGGACAAGAGAAUCACUCGAUUCGUGCUACCCGUUGGGGCCACCAUCAACAUGGAUGGGACUGCGCUCUAUGAGGCAGUAGCUGCCGUGUUCAUCGCACAGUUGAAUGACUUGGACUUGGGCAUUGGGCAGAUCAUCACUAUCAGUGUCACAGCCACAGCUGCCAGCAUAGGAGCUGCUGGCGUGCCCCAGGCCGGCCUGGUGACCAUGGUGAUUGUGCUGAGUGCUGUGGGCCUGCCCGCUGAGGAUGUCACCCUCAUCAUCGCUGUUGACUGGCUCCUGGACCGGUUCCGGACCAUGGUGAACGUACUUGGAGAUGCAUUUGGGACGGGCAUCGUAGAGAAGCUCUCCAAGAAGGAGCUGGAGCAGAUGGAUGUUUCAUCUGAAGUUAACAUCGUGAACCCCUUUGCCUUGGAAUCCACAAUACUUGAUAAUGAAGACUCAGAGACCAAGAAGUCCUAUGUCAAUGGAGGCUUUGCCAUAGACAAGUCUGAUACCAUCUCAUUCACCCAGACCUCACAGUUUUAGAACUCCUGGAUUCUGACAAGUGGGAAUGAGGACAUCUCCAUGAGAAUCAUCUCUUAGCAAAUGAAAAUAUUUAAGGAAAAAACAAAACACUAAUGGACAGUUGUACAUUUGAUUUGAUACAGACGUCCAGAUUAUGUUCUGUAUUUUGAUUCACAGCUUUUGCUUUCUGAGUUCUAGGGUUGGGAGUGGCGUAGGGUGGAAGGAAAUGGAUUAAAAGGAAAGUUAUAAAUUCUAGGUUAUUUUUUAAUUCCAAAAGAAAGAUUUUGGAAGUAUUUAAAAUAACAGCCGUUGGAACUAGGGAUGAAUAUGGAAUACAAAUAGCUUUCUCACGCACAGACCAAUGUUUCGGGUUUUUAAAGAAAAAAAAAAUUCUGUCAUUGGUUACAAAUUUUUACUCAGGCUUUCUAUUGGCAUGAAUUUCCUUUGACCUCUCACAUUUUUAUAGAUUGUGAUGAAUCUAAACAACCUCCCAGCUAAUGUGCCAAAACUGUCUACUUUGAAUUCAUCUCCAGCCAAUUUCAAAGACACUGCUUUGAAAGAAAACAGACCAGCACAGUUCUGCAAUAACAGUUUUAAGAUGGGCAUGAGGUUUGGAGGGAGGGGAGAAGGGAUGUUUUUUUUUUCAUCGUACUGUAUUGGAUGCAGGUAACUGUUAACCCAGUGUUCAGUAUAGAGCUAGAUUAAGAUGUGUGUGUGUGUGUAUUUUUUUGCCAUAUAAUUUGCCAGACAGAAAUCAGAAUUGAGCUGUCAAUGUGAAAUCAAGAGCUCUCCUUGUACUUGAAUAACUGCAAUUCCAACCCAGGCCAGCUUUGGGGCUUAUCACAACUCCUCUCUUGGGAAGACGGGAAUGAGAAAUCAUAUUGGUUUGCUCUUUCUCAUCUGUGUGUCAGCCUCAAAGCAGAGCUGUGUUCUGGCACAGAAUUCAUUUACAACUUCCGGAUUCUGGCAGCUGAGAGGGAAUCCAUAUCAGCU